UUUUCUCCAUUUUUCUUUGAAUUGGUGCUUACCUAGUGAUUUUAAGAUAUGAUUUGGAGUAGUUGUGUAAAUGACUGAUAAUUUGUGGGGAUUUUCACUGAAUACAUUUAGGAUUUUCGUUAGGUUUUAUCUUGUUGUAUUGUGGACGGAGGAAGAACAUAAGCUUUCCUUGUUGGGAUUACAACAAGAUUUCUUGAUUGAUAGGAUUUUGGAAUCAUGCAGAAAAGUUGAAGUAUUCUCUUAUUUAUUUCUUGAAAUCUUCUAAAAAAGAACAUCAUCAAUCAAUUCUAACAUGAAACUUAAACAAGAUUUUUUUUUUGUGAGAUUAUGAGAAAAUAUGAUAUUAGUUUGUGCUUGUAAGGUGUUUGACGAUAUGUGUCUGAAGCUUUAAUUUUUUUUUUCUUUUUCUUUUGCAUUGUGCGAGUGUGUCCUAUGAUCUGAUUGUUACACACACUGAAGCCUAUUUUUAACUUAGUAUAUUAGACUUGUUGUAAUGAAGUUUAGUUUGGCAAUUGACAAUUCACCAUUUAGAAAAUUGUUUGAUUUGUUUUUAUUGUGCUAGUUGCUGCCAUUUUGCAGUUUGCACAAGUAUUUGUAGCUAAGUGAUCAUGUCAAUUCAUCUAUAUGGUGCAUAAUGGUUUUUUAGUGUACACUUUCCACCCCUCUUUUCUCCUUUUGGAUAAAAGUUGCUCAAAAUGUUCCAUCUUGUGAAUUAAUUGUUUCAUUGUUUUCAUAGGCAGGAAGCGUGGAUGUUCAAUUAUAUAUACGUUUGUUUAGGAGCUAUUUUUGAUACCCUGAAAUCAUUUGAUUCAUAGACCUAUUAUCUUUUAUGCUAUGAGUUGGUCUAAAUGUAUAUUUUGUUGUCUCCAUUAGACUGAGGAUCCACUAUCUUUUCAUUGUAGAUAAUAUAUGGGUCCUUGAAAAUGUUCUGCCUAGUUUUUCUGAUAAUUUAUGUUCCAGACUUAUGAUGGAAUGAUUAUUGGAGAACAUUCUAGGGAAUCAAAUCUAGAUGUAAGUUGAGAACUUUAUGUUUAGACUUUGGAUCGAAGUUGUAAUUUCUACUUGAUUUACAUGGUAAGCAAUUUUCUUUUUUCUAGGUUAAUCGAAGUUGUAAUUUCUACUUGAUUUACAAGAAAAAUGUAGUCUCAUAUUUUCCGGACUAUACUUAAGUCCUCUUCUCCUAAGUUAUUGUCUGCUUUGUCAGACAUCUUUCUAAAGUCUACAAAAGAUGAUGGUUAUUUGCAAGCAUGCCUCUAUUGGUUGAAAAAUGAAAACUUGUGCUUUUGUGAUAGGUUGACUUUGUUAUUAGUUAGGUUACUUCAGUUGUUGGUUCAUAAGCACAUUGUGGUAGUUACUGCUAGUUGUCUUGUGUAUGUUUGCACUUCAUCCAUUUCUUUUAAUGACUUUUGCUUCUUCUAUGUCUUGGAGUUCUUUUGUUUCGUAUGGGCUAGGGUAUUUUGUAUAUUCUAUAUAUUCCAAUACUAGUUCUGUUUGAACUAUUUGCAGCCCAAUUGGUGAAAUUUCUUCAAUAUCAGAUAAAAGUAUAUUGUCAAAUCUCUUGGGGAAGACAAUAAAGUUAGAAACAGAGGAUUAGGAGACACACCCAUAGAGUUUAUUAGAACUCUUGCCUAAAAAUUAGAAUUCUUCAUUCCAAGCAUCCUUCUAAUUAUAAUUUUAAAACUAAACUGAAUUUUCAAAUGAAACAGGGAGAUGGAUCUCUUGCUAGUUCCUUAUUCCUCAUAUCCCAGCCUAAAAAUAAUCCAAAUGCCUCACUUUUUACUAGCCAGCAAGGUCAAUAUAGCCCCUAUGAGUACAUGAAAUGUGAAGUGAUAGAGUGUUGUGAAUCUUUAAAAAAUGUCCUGAAUGUUCUGGCAGUUGGAGAAAAUGAGAAAAGUUCAAAGAAAGUGUUAAACAAUUUGCUCAAGAUAACAUUGCUCCCCAUGCCACAAAAAUUGAUCAACCCAACUCUUUUCCAAAUGAUGUUAACUUAUGGAAGCUCAUUCGGGACUUCGAUCUCCAUGGAAUUAGAACAUCAGGUUCAACUGGAGUCGACAACUUCGUGAGUUUACUUUCAAAGAACAUUUUCAGAGACGAACAUUCUCGGUUGGUCGUUUAUGCUUCUGCAGAAAAUCUUGUUAUAUGUAUUCUAAUGCUAUUUAAAAUAUUUUUUGAUUAAGGGUUGGGAUUCCGUAC